GGGAGGGUCUCGCUCUCCCUGAGACCAGAGCCCGGGAGGGAGACCCUGGCGGCGGCGGCGCCUGACACUCGGCACCUCCUGCGGUGCUGCGGGCGGCAUGUCCGAGGCUGGCGGGGUCGGACCGGGCGGCGGAGCCGGGGCCGGGGCCGGGGUGGGUGCCGGGCUUGGGGGGCUGCCCCCACAGCCCCCCGCGCCGCCGCCGAUGCCGCCGCAGGGCUCCCCGUGCGCAGCCGCCGCCGGGGGCUCGGGCUCCUGCGGACCGGCGACGGCAGUGGCGGCAGCGGGCACCGCCGAAGGACCGGGAGGAGGCGGCUCGGCCCGAAUCGCCGUGAAGAAGGCGCAACUGCGCUCCGCUCCGCGGGCCAAGAAACUGGAGAAACUCGGAGUGUACUCCGCCUGCAAGGCUGAGGAGUCUUGUAAAUGCAAUGGCUGGAAAAACCCCAACCCUUCUCCCACUCCCCCCAGAGCCGAUCUGCAGCAGAUGAUUGUCAGUCUGACAGAAUCCUGCCGGAGCUGUAGCCAUGCCCUAGCUGCUCACGUCUCCCACUUGGAGAACGUAUCAGAGGAAGAAAUGAAUAGACUCCUGGGAAUAGUGUUGGAUGUGGAGUAUCUCUUUACCUGUGUGCACAAGGAAGAGGAUGCUGACACCAAGCAAGUUUAUUUCUACCUAUUCAAGCUCUUGAGAAAGUCUAUUUUACAAAGAGGAAAACCUGUGGUUGAAGGCUCUUUGGAGAAGAAACCCCCAUUUGAAAAACCUAGUAUUGAACAGGGCGUGAAUAACUUUGUACAGUACAAGUUUAGUCACCUGCCACCCAAAGAAAGGCAGACAAUAAUGGAGUUGGCCAAAAUGUUCCUAAACCGGAUCAACUAUUGGCAUCUGGAGGCCCCAUCUCAGCGAAGACUGCGAUCUCCCAAUGACGAUAUUUCUGGCUACAAAGAAAACUACACAAGGUGGCUGUGUUACUGCAACGUGCCCCAGUUCUGUGACAGUCUACCUCGGUAUGAGACCACCCAGGUGUUUGGGAGGACACUGCUUCGCUCCGUCUUCACCGUCAUGAGACGGCAACUCCUGGAACAAGCGAGGCAGGAAAAAGACAAACUGCCACUUGAGAAACGAACUCUAAUCCUCACCCAUUUCCCAAAGUUUCUGUCCAUGUUAGAAGAAGAAGUUUAUAGCCAAAACUCGCCCAUCUGGGAUCAGGACUUCCUAUCAGCCUCUUCCAGAACCAGCCAGCUAGGAAUCCAAACAGUCAUCAAUCCACCUCCUGUGGCUGGGACGAUUUCGUACAAUUCAAACUCAUCUUCCCUUGAGCAGCCGAAUGGAGGGAGCGCCAGUCCUUCUGGCAAAGGCUCUUCUGGGCUUGAGGCAAACCCAGGAGAAAAGAGGAAAAUGAAUGACUGUCAUGUUUUGGAGGAAGCCAAGAAACCCCGAGUUAUGGGGGAUAUUCCAAUGGAAUUAAUCAACGAGGUCAUGUCUACCAUCACGGACCCUGCAGUGAUGGUUGGACCAGAGAACAAUUUUUUGUCAGCACAUUCGGCCAGGGACGAGGCAGCCAGGCUGGAAGAGCGCAGGGGUGUGAUUGAAUUUCACGUGGUCGGCAAUUCCCUGAACCAGAAACCCAACAAGAAGAUCCUGAUGUGGCUCGUUGGUCUGCAGAAUGUGUUCUCCCAUCAGCUGCCCCGAAUGCCCAAAGAGUACAUCACACGGCUUGUCUUUGACCCGAAACACAAAACCCUGGCUUUAAUUAAAGAUGGUCGUGUCAUUGGUGGUAUCUGUUUCCGCAUGUUUCCAUCUCAAGGAUUCACGGAGAUUGUUUUCUGUGCUGUGACCUCCAAUGAGCAAGUCAAGGGCUAUGGGACGCACCUGAUGAAUCAUUUGAAAGAAUUUCAUAUAAAACAUGACAUCCUGAACUUCCUCACAUAUGCUGAUGAAUAUGCAAUUGGAUAUUUCAAGAAACAGGGUUUCUCCAAAGAAAUUAAAAUACCUAAAACCAAAUAUGUUGGCUACAUCAAGGAUUAUGAAGGAGCCACUCUAAUGGGCUGUGAGCUGAAUCCACAGAUUCCAUACACAGAAUUUUCUGUCAUCAUCAAGAAGCAGAAGGAGAUCAUCAAAAAGCUGAUAGAAAGAAAGCAAGCCCAGAUUCGAAAAGUCUACCCUGGACUUUCAUGUUUUAAGGAUGGAGUUCGACAGAUUCCGAUUGAAAGCAUUCCUGGAAUUAGAGAGACAGGCUGGAAACAGAGUGGAAAAGAGAAAAGUAAAGAGCCCAAAGACUCUGACCAGCUUUACAGCACGCUCAAGAGCAUCCUCCAGCAGGUGAAGAGCCAUCAAAGCGCUUGGCCCUUCAUGGAACCUGUGAAGAGAACAGAAGCUCCGGGAUAUUAUGAAGUUAUAAGGUUCCCCAUGGAUCUGAAGACCAUGAGUGAACGCCUCAAGAAUAGGUACUAUGUGUCUAAGAAAUUAUUCAUGGCAGACUUACAGCGAGUCUUUACCAAUUGCAAAGAGUAUAACCCCCCUGAGAGUGAAUACUACAAAUGUGCCAACAUCCUGGAGAAAUUCUUCUUCAGUAAAAUUAAGGAAGCUGGAUUAAUUGACAAGUGAUUCCCCACCCCCCCCUGCUUCUUAGAAACUCAUCGAGCAGUGUGCCUGAAGCAAGGUGGUUUAGUUUUACAAAGAAUUGGACAUAAUGUGUUGAGGAUACUUGUAAAUGUAAUAAUUAGCACUUUUGAAAAACAAACAGAAACCUCCUCGUAGCUUUUCAGAUACAUAUUUAAAUUAGACUCAUAGGACAUUUUUAUUUUAUGAAAUAGAUUUUAAUCUAUUUACUACUAUCAGUGUAAAUUUUCUACGGCAUGUCCAUUAGGUGAAUAUUCAAUAAUAGAUGAUUGGGGGUUUCCUCAAAACCCGUAUAUGAGGAAAUUGCACAUCGUACCAAGAUUUGGGGGAAUCCAGAAAAUUUCAGACCAUGAAUGUUUCCAUUUUUUCUAAUGGAAUGUGAGAAUUUAUUUUUAUUUUUUUCUGAAGGAUUUUAAGGAAGGGAUACAUGAUUAAAAGCCUGUAAAAGGUGAACUGUGGGAUGUUUGAAGUCUCUCUGUAGACUUUUUCUCUAUAUAUUUUAAAAACACUCAUCUAGGUGAGGUGCUUUGAGCAGUUCUGAAAAAUGCAGUUUCAUAAAAGCAACUGCUUUGAUUUCUAAGGAAGAAAUUCUAAAUAAUGCAAACUUUUUUAUAAGCAUCGGGUUUUUAAUAAUUCUGUCUACCUACAAAAAAACUUGUGAGUGUAUAACCACUAUUUUAAUAAUUAUUUUCUCUACACAAAUGUGUAAUAUUAUAUUUGACUUUGCUUAUGCAGGCCAUAAGUUCCAAAAGGCAAUUUCCUGGGCCACAAAAGCAUACAUUUGAAAACACUUGAAAUUGAAUCAAUGUGCUUUAAUAGGAAAAGAAGUAUAAUCUAUAUAUGUACCAAAUAUGGUGAAUACUUGUUCUAAUAAAUAAAAUUUUUUUCCCUUUUCUAUGAUACACAACCACCCACUGAUAACGUACAUGUGGACAUUUUUCCUUUUGCAUCUUCAGAUUGUGUAUCUUCAUUGUCUAAGUGGAAUUAAAUGACCACCAAGAUUUGCUGUCAGUAUUUCAAACACCUACAUUGGUUUGUAGACCCCGGGUGAUACCCCACUAAAAUCCAUCAUACAACCUGAUUAACCAGUCUCGGGAUUCUGGUCCAGUGCUUGGAUUUAGUUGCCCAUUAACACUACAUAGAUGAGUGGAAUACCUGCCACCCCAGCUCUGGGAGAACCAACUAAUAGGAAACCAUUGAAGGCCAUCUUGAUGGUCUUGACACUAAUUUUUGUGACACAAAUUUAUAAACUGAUUUUUGUAAAGAGCUAGGUUUUAACAUGAUGUUUUCUAUUAGCGCAGAUGAAUUAAGACGAUCACUUAAAGUCAUUAAAAAAGAGUUGCCAGAGAUAAUCUGCAUUAAGGAAAAAACUUUAAGUUGGAAGUAUUGUUUUUAAUAUGUAAGAGAUAUUCAGAAUGCUCAACAUGAAAAAUGCCUCAGCUUUUUUUAAGGAUAAGAAACCACCUUGAGUGGCAUCUAGAUUUCUAAUGAAGAAUGAUGAUACAGUUUGGAUUAAGUAUCUUGGACUGGUUUGACACAGUGCUUGGUACUGGAUCUGCCGAAGCACCUGUCCAGCUUGGUAUCCUGUGAAAGUUUGUUAUUUUCUGGGUAGACAUUCUUAUAGAGUAUUGUCUUUAAAAUCAGAUUGUCUCUUCUAUAUUGAAAGCAUUUUUAUGUUUUCUAAUUUAAAAAUUAAUAUUUUCUUAUAGAUAUUGUGCAAUAAAGCUGAAGUAGGAUGUGUGGUUUUUGCAAAUGCUUUAACAGCUGAUGAAAUUUUACAUUUGUAAAAUUAAUAUAUUGUACUGGUACAAAAUAGUUUUAAAUUAUAUUUUAAAAAGCUCUUGAA